AUGGACGACUGGGCUGCCGUCAUCGACAUUCUGUCUAAUCUCCGGAGCGAAACAUUCAAGCCUACCAUAGGCAUGUACACCAGGGCUUUCAACGAAUGCUCGAGCCGCGGUCACCUGAGCACGGCGGUUGGCAUCUACAACGUGAUGCCAGAAUCUCUUCGAGCUCAACUAUCGCCAACGAGCUUGCUUGUAGUGAUUCGCGCUCAUGCGCGCUCUGACAGGAAGGAGCUGCAGCUGCGUGCCUCGGACAUCAUCAAUGACUUCAGGCAUACGUUUUCGCCAAAGAAGCGCAAGGCAAUCGAGGAGGAGGUGCAGCAUACUAUCCAAGAGGUGGUGGUUCGGGAAUGCGUGGACGCGAUGGCGGAAUCCGCUGAUAGGAUCGAGAAAGCUUCGUCGUCUGGUACAGCGGAUAGCAAGGGGAUUCUUGGGUAUUUUUCGUCGCUCUUCAAGCGUUAG